AUGGAACCUGCAGGCUUACAUUUCAAGUGGCCAUUAGGGGCUCCUAUGCUGGCAGCAGUAUAUGCAAUGAGUAUUGUUUUUAAAAUGCUGCCUGCCUUGGGCACGGCUUGUCCACCAAAAUGCCGUUGUGAGAAGCUGCUCUUUUACUGUGACUCUCAGGGGUUUCACUCAGUGCCAAACACCACUGACAAGGGCUGUCUAGGUUUGUCAUUGAGGCACAAUUUUAUUAUGGAACUUGAAGGGGAUCAGUUUGCAAGCUUCAGUCAACUUACCUGGCUUCAUUUAGACCAUAAUCAAAUUGAUACAAUAAGAGAAGAUGCUUUUCAAGGACUGUAUAAACUGAAGGAAUUAAUUUUAAGUUCAAACAAAGUAUCUUAUUUACCAAACACAACUUUUAGCCAGCUGCUUAACCUGCAACAUUUGGAUCUCUCUUUCAAUCAAUUAUCUGCUUUGAAUCCUGAAUUGUUCUAUGGCCUUCGUAAACUGCAAACCCUAAGUUUACGUUCCAAUUCUCUGAGGACUAUUCCAGUCCGUCUGUUUUCAGACUGUCGUAGUUUGGAUUUUUUGGAUUUGAGCACAAAUCGCUUGCGAAGUUUGGCACGCAAUGGAUUUGCAGGAUUAACCAAACUAAGGGAGCUUCACCUAGAGCACAACCAGCUGACAAAGAUUAACUUUGCUCACUUCCUACGGCUAAGCAAUCUGCACAUGCUCUUCUUACAAGGGAAUAAAAUUAGCAACCUGACCUGCGGGAUGGAAUGGACCUGGGGCACUUUAGAAAAGCUAGAUUUGUCUGUAAAUGAGAUCAAAGCCAUUGAUAUGACAGUUUUUGAAAUAAUGCCUAAUCUUAAAAUUCUCCUAAUGGAUAAUAACAAGCUAACCACUCUGGAGUCCAAGGUUUUAUAUUCACUUAAAUCCCUAACUACUGUGGGUCUCUCCAGCAACCCCUGGGAAUGCAGCCCCAAAAUAUGUGCAUUAGCCACAUGGCUCAGUGGCUUCCAAGGUCGGUGGGAACACUCCAUCCUUUGUCAUACCCCAAAUCAUACCCAGGGAGAGGAUAUUCUAGAUGCAGUUUAUGGUUUUCAGCUUUGCUGGAAUUUAUCAACUGUUGUUACACCCAUUGCUACAACUUACAGAGCUCCAACAACUGAAUACACAAAACGAAUAAGCUCCUCAAAUUUCCAUGUGGGAGAUAAAGAAAUUUCAACCACCACAGGCAUACCCUUUACCACAGAAGAGCAAAUGCCUGAACCAAACAAUGCCAUCUUCACCCAGCAGGUAAUUACAGGAACAAUGGCUUUAUUAUUUUCUUUCUUUUUUAUCAUUUUUGUAGUGUUCAUCUCCAGGAAGUGCUGUCCUCCCACAUUAAGAAAAAUUAGGCAGUGUUCAAUGAUUCAAAGCCACAGGCAACUACGAUCUCAAACACGGCUACAUAUGUCAAAUAUGUCAGACCAAGGACCGUAUAAUGAAUAUGAACCUACCCAUGAAGGACCCUUCAUCAUCAUUAAUGGCUAUGGACAAUGCAAAUGUCAGCAGCUACCCUAUAAAGAAUGUGAAGUGUAAUAUCUACAGGUAAUCAAAGAACACAAAGGAGAUAAACUUAUUUUAAAUUGCAGGGAUCUGAUACAUUUUUUAAAAAAACUCAAAUACUGAGAAAGCUUAGAUUUUUCUAAGCAACUUGUUUUGAGUGAUGCAGUAUUUCAGGGUGUUUUUUUUUUUUUUUAAUAAACCCACAAUAUUUUCAGUGUUUAAACAACAGUGUUGGCAUUACAUUUGCAUUCCUGAUGUUUGGAAUCUAAAUAUGCUCAACCCAAAAUAUGUAUAUUGUUUCAUGUUAUGUAAUUAUAUGUGUAUUUUUUUAUUUUUAUUUUUUUACUCCCAACCCUCCAGAUAUGAUUUAGAAAAACAGUCUGGAUGAAAAUAAUAUUGUUGGGUAUAUAUUUAAAGGACCCAGUGAAAGGGGAACAUAUUACCAAAUGAUGCAUUAUAGUUACUAAAUUUUACCAACAUUUCAGCCAGUUCAGUGUUUCAUUAAGUACAUGCUAACCAAAAAAAAAAGGUAAUUUCCUUAAAAAGAUGCUUCUCAGUCUUGUGAUCAAGUAGAAAGGUGCAGAAGAGGGAUUUUCCAGUCUACUACAGCAUGGAAUUUUAGUACUAUUUUAACUCCAUAUUAAGAAUUCAGCUUAUCUAAAUGUGUUCCAAAUUCAGAAUAUAGCUACUGCCACUUCUGAAUAAAUCAAGAUCACAUUCAUUACUUCGAAAUAUUAACCUGCCACAGCCAUUCAGUAGCAUUCAGUGUGGUCUCCAAGUAUUACAUGCGGUUCAACUUUUGUUAAAUCUAUCUUGACUUUAAUGGGAUGAUGCAUUUCAUACCAAGAAGCAACAUAUAAAGAACAGAACAGUAAGGAUUUUUUAAGCAAAAAGCCCUCUUUCUUUUGCUCAACAAGCCUGACUACUUAAUACUAGAAAACUAUUUUCUGUAUUCAUUACUAUUCUUCUGGUACCAAAUUAUCCUUGCAGAAUGAACUCUCAAUUAUCACUGUAAAUUUCAACCCUGGACAAUUUAAACACCAAUCCAAUAUUCAGGAGAGGGCUCUACUGAUUACAAUAUGACUAAUUAAUUAAUUAAAUUAUGCUUGUGGAAACAGUAAGAACUUUUAAAAACUCAGAUUAGGGAUUUUUUUUGUAGAGAAAGAUUAUGAUGUCAUUUAAACUAGGACAAAAUUACUCUAAAAAGCAAAUAAUCAGUUCCUGGAUAUUGAAAAUUCUAGAUUU